CCCCAGCGUGCGUGGCAGGCGCUCCCGGCUUUGCUCUGCCGGCCUCGCUUCCCGGGAGGCGGGGUCGGCGCCGCGGCGGCGGCGGCGGCGGCGGAGGCAGGCCCCCUCCUCCUUCCUUGCUCGCCCGGCCUCCUUCCUCGCCCGCCCGCUCGCUCUCUCUCUCUCUCCCUGCCGCUCCGACGCCAGCAGCGCCCGCGUGCCGCUCGCCCAGCCCCGGGGGAACCCGAGGAAGUUUCCUGGGCCGCGCGCCCCGCUCACUCGCCUCGCAGCCCGCGGCUUCACUCGCCGCCGCGCCCGCCAUGCCCUCGGCCAAACAAAGGGGCUCCAAGGGCGGCCACGGCGCCGCGAGCCCCUCGGAGAAGGGCGCCCACCCGUCGGGCGGCGCGGAUGACGUGGCGAAGAAGCCGCCGCCGGCGCCGCAGCAGCACCCGCCGCCGCCGCCGCCCGCGCCGCACCCGCAGCAGCACCCGCCGCAGCAUCCGCAGAACCAGGCGCACGGCAAGGGCGGCCACCGCGGCGGCAAGUCCUCCGCCGCUGCCGCCGCCGCCGCCGCCGCCUCGUCCUCCGCGUCCUGCUCGCGCAGGCUCGGCCGGGUGCUCAACUUUCUCUUCUACCUCGCCCUGGUGGCGGCGGCCGCCUUCUCGGGCUGGUGUGUCCACCACGUCCUGGAGGAGGUCCAGCAGGUCCGGCGAAGCCACCAGGACUUCUCCCGGCAGAGGGAGGAGCUGGGUCAGGGCUUGCAGGGCGUCGAGCAGAAGGUGCAGUCUCUGCAAGCCACGUUCGGGACUUUUGAGUCCUUCGUGAGGAGCUCCCAACAUAAACAAGAUCUCACAGAGAAAGCCGUGAAGCAAGGGGAGAGCGAGAUCAACCGCAUCAGUGAAGUUCUACAAAAACUCCAGAAUGAGAUCCUCAAAGACCUCUCGGAUGGGAUCCACGUGGUCAAGGACGCCCGGGAGCGGGACUUCACGUCCCUGGAGAACACGGUGGAGGAAAGGCUGACCGAGCUCACCAAGUCCAUCAAUGACAACAUCGCCAUCUUCACCGAGGUCCAGAAGAGGAGCCAGAAGGAAAUAAACGACGUGAAGGCCAAGGUCGCCUCUCUGGAAGACUCGGAGGGAUACAAGCAGGAUUUGAAAGCCUUGAAGGAAGCGGUGAAGGAAAUACAAACCUUGGUGAAGUCCAAAGAGAAGGACAUUGAGGCCCUGAGAAGCACAGUCCAGACCAUGGAGUCUGAUGUCUACACGGAGGUCAAAGAGCUGGUGAGCCUCAAACAGGAGCAGCAGAGGUUCAAGGAGGUGGUCGAUUCGGAGCACCACACCCUGCAGGCGCUCAUGGAGAAGGUCCUCCGGGCGGAGGAGUCGGCCGCCCACCUCCCCGAGGAGAUCCGGAGACUCGAGGAGGAGCUCGGCCAGCUGAAGGCCGCAGCCCUCAGGCUGGAAGAAGACGGGGUCUUCAGACCCUCCGAGGCCUUCGAAACGCUUCAGAAGGAGACCCAGGGCUUGGACUCGCGGCUGCAGAGCGUGGAAGAUGGGGUGCAGGCGGCGCGGGCGGCCUGGGAGCACCACCGCGAGACGCUGGAGGCACUGGGCUCGCAGAGCAAGGAGCAGGCGCGGCACCUGGCGGACCUGCAGGAGCGCGUGGCCAGCCUGGGCCCUGCCCCCGACGCAGACGUCGACGCCGCCGCUGGCGGCCUGGCGGACAGGGUGCGCGGCCUCGGUGAGGCCCAGCUCUCCCUGGUCGGAGACGUGGACGAACUGAAGCGUCGCGUGGCCGAGCUUCCCGGCGCCGUGGAGGCGCUGCAGAAGGUGCAGGAGCAGGUCCGCACGCUGCUCAGCCGCGACGCCGCCGCCGCGCCCCCCCAGGACCUGCUGGACAGACUCUCCUCUCUGGACAACCUCAGAGCCUCCGUGGGCCAGGUGGAGUCGGACUUGAAAAUGCUCAGGACUGCCGUGGACAGUUUGGUCGCGUACUCAGUGAAGAUCGAGACCAACGAGAACAACUUGGAGUCAGCCAAAAAUUUGCUAGAGGACCUGAGGAAUGACCUGGAUAGGUUGUUUGUGAAAGUGGAAAAGAUUCACGAGAAAGUCUAAAUGGAUUGCGUGUGCAGGGCGCGGAUGGCGAGUCCAUUUUCUCACGAGCAAAAAAUGUGUUGUUCGCUCCCGCGCCCCUCCCCCCAGGGCCUGGUCCCUCCCGAAGAGCCGGCCACACCACCGGGACCACUGGGGCCUUCUGUGUCUUUGUGCCCGGUUAGUUUAUUUACGGUGGUUACCACGCGCUAUCGGUUGCGCAGGCCUUCUGCUUCUGCUUUGGGUGGGUUUCCUGAAGGCCCGGCCCCUGUGCAUCAGAGGUGCCUUCUAGAAGGGAUGUUUCUCCCUAGUGUCAGGGAAGAACCGUAGUGGCUGCAACCGAGGAUAAACAGAAGCAGAUUAACCUCAAAAACCCUGCCUGGCUGGCAGAUUUCAAGUAAAAAAAAAAGUCGGGGGAGGAGGUACUUUUUUUCUAAUUGUCUUUAAGGAAAAUUCAUUUCACUUUUUUUUUUUUUUUUUUUUAGUACUCUGGCCGAGGUUUUCAUGAGAUGUCACUUCUUGUCUUCCACUUUAAACUGGUUAUAGUUCAUAAAUGUCAGCUCUGAAUUGGGAGGGGGACAAGCCCCUCCAUCUUUAGUUGGAAAGAAUCAGCUGCUUGGUGGUCCAUGGGGUACGUGUCUUUUCCAUUCCUGAACCAUUUCUCCAUCUCAAUGAUAACUAUGCAAAAGAAUCCAGACGGUUCAGAAUGUGAAGGCACAAAAUCCCCCCAGAGUCCCCUGCGGCCAACCUAUGUCGCCUUUUGGUAGGGUCCCCAAAUAAUGUGUUUAGAAUAAGGGUUUAGAAUCCCUGAAAAGGGAAUCCUUGAAUUCUUUAAAGAAAUGUAUUAUGAGAGCUGCUCAUAAAGGCAUGGGCUGCUUCCCUGGGGAAUGGAGGCCACAUCUUUAUUUUACCACGAUGUCCCUGAAGAGGUUUGCUGUCAGCAGACCCCAUCCAUCAGUGAGGAACACGUGCAUUUUCUGUAGCUGUUUGCUGUUUCCCUUCUCCUUUGAGCUGUACUGUCCUUUAAUGGCUGUCUUGCCCUUUAAAAAAGAAAAAAGAAAAAAAGAAAAAAAGGAAAAAAAAAGGAAAAAAAAGGUUUGUUUAGUUUACUGUGAAAUGAACUGUAUGGCUUAUUUACAGUAUUUUUAAUUCUUAAUAAACACUUGAGCUUUGUUAUGAC